GGUGGGCCCGGGUGCUGCGGCAGCCGCAGCGCCAGCCGCGGCUCGGGCUCCGGCUCCCGGGCAUUUAAAGGGGACGCGGCGGCAGCCCGGGGGGGAUGGGGGCAGGUGGAGGGGACGGGCCAGACGCACAUCAUCCGAGGCCCCUCGGCACUGGACGUAUUCGUGAGCUGGAGCCCAGAAAUCCGGGGGCGGACAAGACACCGCGUCCCCUCCAAUUCCCGUAAGCACCCCUUGCUCCAUCCUGCGCCCAAAUACCUCAGCCAGCCCCUCUCCCCACUCUUUGCGUUCCAAACUCGGCCGGGAUAGACCUCUGCCGCCGCCGCUCUCUCCGCUCUGGGCUCCACGGAAGGCUCUGACCGCAGAAGGCUCAGAGGCACUCAGGACGACGACUGCAGGCAAGAGGGCCCUCUAGGUGGUGCCGGGUGAUGCGCCGUGAUGAGCGGGUGUUUUCCAGUUGCCAGCAUGCGGUGCCUGUCUAGGGUAUGUCGCAGCCUGGCGUGGGAGGCUCCUUCCUUCCCAAGUCCCUCUGCUUCUGCUGCCUGCCUGCUUCGGACCCUGGCAGAAACCCCACCUACUGACACCCUCCUGGGGAAUUGGUCUUGGAAGCGCCAGCGCCUCUGGCCCGCUAACCAGCCUCUCCCCGGCCGGCUCCCGCCGCGCCCCCUCUCGCUUGCCCCCUCCUCCUCCUCCUGGUCCUCUCCCCGCUCCCAGGACGGCGGGAUGGCGGCGCAGGGCUCGCCGCGCUUCCUCCUCACCUUCGACUUCGACGAGACGAUCGUGGACGAGAACAGCGACGACUCGAUCGUGCGCGUCGCGCCGGGCCAGCGGCUGCCCGAGAGCCUGCGCGCCACGUACCGCGAAGGCUUCUAUAACGAGUACAUGCAGCGCGUCUUCAAGUACCUGGGCGAGCAGGGGGUGCGGCCGCGGGACCUGCGCGCCGUCUACGAGGCCAUCCCCCUGACGCCGGGCAUGGGCGACCUGCUGCAGUUUGUCGCCAAGCAGGGCUCGAGCUUCGAGGUGAUUCUCAUCUCGGAUGCCAACACCUUCGGCGUGGAGAGCGCGCUGCGCGCCGCCGGCCACCACGGCCUGUUCCGCCGCAUCCUCAGCAACCCGUCGGGGCCCGACGCGCGGGGGCUGCUGACGCUGCGGCCCUUCCACACGCACAGCUGCGCGCGCUGCCCCGCCAACAUGUGCAAGCACAAGGUGCUCAGCGACUACCUGCGCGAGCGCGCCCACGACGGCGUGCACUUCGAGCGCCUCUUUUACGUGGGCGACGGCGCCAACGACUUCUGCCCGAUGGGGCUGCUGGCGGCCGGCGACGUGGCCUUCCCGCGCCGGGGCUACCCCAUGCACCGCCUCAUCCAGGAGGCGCAGAAGGCGGAGCCCAGCUCCUUCCGCGCCCACGUGGUGCCCUGGGAGACGGCCACCGACGUGCGCCAGCAUCUGCAACAGGUGCUGAAGUCGAGCUGAGGACCCGGCGGCCUGCUGGGUGGGGGGCGCCCGAGCCCGGACGGAGGCGGAGUGGAGGGUGGAGGAUAUCGAUCGGGAAAGACAAACCUAGUUUUACGACUCCCUUUUCCCUUUUCGCUUUGGUCUGCCCCUCCCGGUACUUGAGGAAUUCCGGGCUCGUCCGUUUGGGGGUGGGGGAGGGGGAGGGAGAGGGAGGAGAGAGUUCCGAGCAGCCCCUAUCUAUGCAGUUACCCCAGCUCGGCUCCCUCCCUCCCUCGCCUGGGUCGGGUCCCACCGACGCAGUCCUGGAAAGGCCUCAUUAUUUCCAAAACUGUCCUCUGCUGGGGCGGGAGGCUCACCCUCGCCCAGGAGAGGGGGGGGCGCGGCUCUCCCAGCUCUCACCGCACCCCGCAGAACACCCCACCCCAGCCGCCGCCUCAAGAGAACCCGGGUCUCUAAAUGGAGACGACGCUGUCAGCCCACGGCCCCAGGCCUAGCUCCCGUUUCACCUAUCGAGGUUCCUCCCCCUAGGAUACCCCCUUUCUUGCCCUCGUCCUCCCGCACCCCCAGAGGAAAAAGCCAGAGGGAGCCGUCGCCUCCUGGUGGUGGAAGGAGGUAGCACAUGGCCGGGCUUGGGUCCCACCAGCCACCGGCCUCCCAAACGCAUCUGUCUCCUCGCACCCCAGCCUCGUCUAUGCACCACGAGACCCACCGGGCACUUGACCAAAGUCACUCCAGCCGGCUGGGCACACCCCCACCCCCACCCCGCACCCCCUCCUCCCGUAUGGAACAGAAAGCCAUGUUUUAAAGCAGAGCCAGCGCAACCCAAGCCCCUCCUCCGUCUUUGGUGUUUUAAGAGCUAUAAAGGAGGUGAAGGGG